CUGCCCCACCCCAGCUCUGGGUAAACAGGAAGCUGGGUGAGGGGAGCAGGGUGUGUGGAAAGUCCCAGCCAGGUGUGUGGGUCUAUGGGGAGGGGGUGGCCCCACCCCUGAGAUAUGAAAGCCCCCCAGCCCUGGCCCUGGCUCAGUCUCAAUGGGGGCACUGGGGCUGGAGGGCUGGAGGAGAAGGCCGCAGGGGAAGGGCUGCCUCCUGCUGGCUGUGGCAGGAGCUACUUCCCUCGUGACCCUGCUGCUGGCUGUGCCUAUCACUGUUCUGGCUGUGCUGGUUGUGGUGCCCCAGAAGCAAGGACUGGUAACAGAGACCACUGAUCCAGGGGCACAAGCACAGGCCCAGCAGCGAUUGGGAGUCCAGGUGCCCCAACCCUGGGCCCCGGCGCCCCGUCCUCUCAGGGAGACCAUGUAUGGUGGCCGCCCUGCCCCAAGCGUGGACUCUUCGCCCCUUCCAGGGUCCCAGGAGCUGCCGGGGCAGGACGCGGAAACAGAUCCCGGUCCUAGGCUUCCGGCCGCCCACCUCAUAGGCGCCUGGACGCAGGGCCAGGGACUGGGCUGGGAGGCGAAGAAAGAAGAGGCGUUUCUGAGGAGCGGGGCGCAGUUCUCCGGCGCCGACGGGCUGGCGCUCCCGCGGGACGGCCUCUAUUACCUCUACUGCCACGUGGGCUUCCGAGGCCGGGCGCCCCCUGCGGACCGGGACCCCCUCGACCGCUGGGUCACGCUGCACAGCCGGCUGUACCGGGCGGGGGGCGCCUACGGGCCCGGGACUCUCGAGUUGCUUCUCGAGGGCGCCGAGACCGUGAGCUUGGAACCGGCCCGGAGGCUCUGGUACACGAGCGUGGGGUUCGGCGGCCUGGUGCAGCUCCGGAGGGGCGAGAGGGUGUACGUCAACAUCAGCCACCCCGAUAUGGUGGACUAUAGGAGAGGGAAGACCUUCUUUGGGGCUGUCAUGGUGGGGUGAUGGUCGCCCUGCGUGGUGGGAAUAUGUUCAUCAGCCCAGAUAUUGGGGACCCAGACACCAGGGACCUCGUGGCCGUGGAGAAGAUAAUGUGGGACACUGUUUGGACACUGAUUUUGAGUUUGAUGAAAAUAAAGAAUGUCAAGCUGUAAAGCUGCUCAUGCAGAUGCGGAGAUGCUAACAUGUCUUGGUUCAGAGCUGGUACACAAGGAUUGGUUAAAUAGUCUCUGUGUUUUUCUGGAUGCUUGAAACAAUUCAUAACACGUAUUGCCUCUGAUCCCUGGGAUCCCACCCACUUUGUGCCUCUGGAUAGCCUUGUCCCAGCAUUGGCUCAGUGGGAGGGUAGAAGGAAGGGGAUCUCCUCAAACCCCAAAGCAUCUCCAAGCAUUCUGAUUCUCAGAGCCACACGGUCCCCACCACACUGCAUUCUUCUCUUGGGUUCCUCCCAACAGUGAGAGAGGGGUCAUUACAGGAAAAGGCAAACACCACUCAGACAGGCCAAGCUGAAACUGGCCCAGAAGAUGGCUGAGGAGACCCAGUACUUCUCCCCUGCUGGUUACCUGAAGGACCUUUUGCCACCACCCCAGAGUCAACUGUCCUCCAAGGGGCAAGAAAAACAGCUCAUGGAGUGUGAAAGGAGGAGGAUGAAGGAGAGCUGGGAGGGUGUCUGAGAGAGAGAUGGCCUGGGGGUGGUGUCUGGGGCGGAGGAGAAGAGGAAAAGCUGAUGCCACCUGUUGGAGAUGGAAAGUUCUCACUCCUUGUUCACACUUCAGGUUCCCUUCCCAUGAGUGGGCAAGUGUGGGGGCCUGGGGUGAGUAACAGCAGCCCUCUCACCCCAUGACUGAUGUUCAGCCCUGGCUGGAGGAGGCAGAGGGGGACCCAAGGCUCUAUCUAGGUCACCCCAGUGGGUCACCCCACCCUGCGGCACACCACAUGGUUUUCCCCUGCCUGCCGUCAACUCUGUUUUAGUUCUUCACUCUACUUCUCAUUUCCCCCUUUUGAUCAGGAAUUUUCUCUUAGAAAACAUCGUAGAUCAAACAGAACAUUUUAAAGUCCCUUAAUGCCAGGGAAACAAUACUUUCCUUGGAUCCAUCAUGCCCCUCAGAGUGGGGGUAUGGGUUAAAGACAUGCUUACCAUGUAGAUUUUAUAGUCAGCUCAAUAUUUGUACCAAUUUUUAGGUCGAUGCAUCAGGAAAAGACUAGUUAAGACAUUAUCAUUAUAUAUCAGUUUCAGAGAGCAGGUCAGUUCCGUUAAACAGUUGUUUCAAAGCCGUGAUGCAGGUGGCUCCCAAAAUUAGGUCACUUGAUGCAAAUAAUCAGGUGUUUAAUAAGAGGCAUCUCUAUGGAAACAAAAGAAAAACAAUGCUUAAUAACUGGAGCAGACUAUAAUCCCAGUUUCUGAAUUCUGAAGGCAGCUGGUCGAGAUUUCUAGAUGUCUGGCUCAAACCACCUUCAGAUGGAGUGAAGACAGGCAGGGAGAGUCUGAUAGUUCUCCGGGUCUUCAGUUUGAAUGUCUUUGGCGAUCUUUCUGCAACAGGUGCAAAGACUGUCUAUGGAUGAACUGUUGUGAUUUCUCUGACGUUUAUAUCAGUUGCUCACUUUAGCUUGUAUGGCUUUGGGAAAGGGGCAGUUUUAUUUCUCAAGGAUUACAAGUCGAAGGGUGGGAGAAAAACUGAGAAUGUUAGU